AACUGUUGAGUCCUGCACCAUCCCUGAGUUUAUGCUUCUAUAGACCAAGACUGGUUUUGAUUUUUUUUCUUUACUGAUUUUUCUUUGUAAAAAAAUGUAAAGAUCCUCAGUUGAGACAGAGGCACCACUGUGUUUGUCGUCAUAUUUAUUGGAGAGUUUUGUGUCUUUAAGGUAAAAACAGUUGUAGUUGUAAACCACUGUCCUUACUGCAGCAGCCGAGAAAACCACAGCCAGAGGAAGAGGGCGGGCUCUACGUGAUGUCACCUACACAACAUGUAGAAGCUGAUCACAGCCCUCUGAGCAGGACGAUGGAGCGCUCGUCUCUACACUGUCUGAUCUCUCUGAUGUCACUGCUGUGCUGCACAACAGAUGCAGCUGGUCUGACGGUGAGUCCCAGCAGCUCCCAGUUCUUUAAAAGAGACUCUGUCUCUCUGAGCUGUGAGGAGGACGACAGCUCUGCUGGAUGGAGGCUGAGGAGGAACACCACCAGAGACAACGGGACUCAGUGUGGAGCUGACUGGGGAAGAUCAGCUGGUUCUUCCUGUAACAUCAGCUUCAUCCUCCCAUUGGACAGUGGAGUUUACUGGUGUGAGUCCAGAGAGGGAGCAACCAGUAACAGCAUCAGCAUCACUGUCACUGGUGGAGCAGUGAUCCUGCAGAGUCCUGUCCUCCCUGUGAUGGAGGGACAUGAUGUCACUCUGCACUGUAAAACAAAGACCCCUCCCUCCAACCUCCCAGCUGCUUUCUAUAAAGAUGGCUCCCUCAUCACAGAGACUACAGGUCACAUGACCAUCCACCAUGUUGACAAGUCUGAUGAAGGCCUCUACAGGUGUAACAUCAGUGGUCACGGCGAGUCUCCACCCAGCUGGAUCACUGUCACAGAGCGACCGACCACAGCUAGACCUCCAUCCACCUCUCCUCCUCCUCCUCUACCUGUGUGGCUGUCUGCUGCAUCUGUCAGUGUUGUGGUGUUACUGGUGUUACUGGUGUUACUGGUGUUACUGGUGAGACGACGUGUUCAGAGGAAACCUCCAGCUGGUGAAGAAGAAGUCAGAGAAGAUGACAUCACAGAUGACAUCACAUACAGUGACUUCAAAAUAUUACCUCAGCAGCAGCAGCCAAUCAGACGGAGCAGAGAGAGCGAUCCGGCUGCAGUCUACUCAGCUGUGAGAACAGACCACGUCACUUAUGGACAGAUAUUCAUCACAGACUCCAGAUCACAGACGAGAGAGAGAGAUCCGGGCGACUCAGCAGCCAGAACCACGGACGCCAACAGACCGAACAGGACCAGAGCGUGUCCAGCAGAGCCGGAGGUCGUCUACUCUCCAAUUGACUAUUUGCACCCGGUUGAAAAUAGUCACAUGGCAGCUACUCGGCUACUUACACCUGUACUGAACGUCCACUGGCUCCUUAACAACAUUCAGCUUUUAGGAGAGAGUUUGAAGGUUUGGAAUCGAACCUGCGGCGCUGCGGUCAGGACGACGCCCUCAUGGUGUGUGAGAGGCAGAAUGAACAGGAAGUCGGUGCAGACGCUGGAGGACAGCAGCGGUGUGUGAACCGGUCCAGAGCCUUAAACUCAGGUGUAAAUAGCCACAUUGGCUACAGACACCUGGGUGCAAAUAACACCUGCCUCAAAACAAACUGUUGCUUGCAGUUUUUCCCUUUUCCAGAGUUUCAGAUACAAACAUGCUCCUUGUUCUGCUGUAUGUUCAUUUAUACUAUACUUUAAUACUUUACUGUUAUUUAUAUGUGAUUCGUGUCUCUUUGUUGCUGCAGCAGCGAACCGGUUCCUCUGCAGGAUCAAUAAACUCCAGUUGUCAUUG